AUGUUGCUCUCAUUAGGAAUAGUGCUGUUUUGGAAAAAAGAAUCUGGAAAUCUUACAGUGGAUGAUAUUUCGCAAUUAGAAAUUCAUGAAGAACUGGCUACUGUGGGCAAUGAUUCUGCAUUCAUGCGUAAGCAAAUUACAACUGGAAACGGCUCAGAAAAUAAAACUGAAAAAAACUGGCCACUUAAGAAUAUUAUUAAAUUAUCUAUGUCUAAUGAAGAAGCGCCAAACAGUAACACAAGAAAAUCUGAUACUUAUAUGGAAGGAUUUGGUCAGCUAGUAAAAAUUUAUGGUGAAGUGAACCCUGAAAAAGCAGUAAAGGAUCAUGCAAUGAUUACUGUCCCUCAUUUGGAAACUAUGUCUAAAAUUAAAACCAAUUUCAUUGCAGAAACAAGCAUUAAUACUGAGCGGUCACAUACAAGAAGUCAUAAAAAACCUGAGGCGAAAACAAGAUUAAGAACGGAAGAAGAAUACGAAGACCUUAUAACCAGCUCUGCUAGUAUUAUAAAUCAAAGUCAGUUAGAAUAUCCAGAGAAAAUAAUGCACAAUAUAACACUGCACAAUAUACUAGAUGACAAAGGACUAAAUGAAAUAAGCCUUAUUGAUACAGCUUUGGAAUCAUCAGUUUUAUUAGCGACAAUCCAAAAUGCACGUAAAGAGGCUAAUCCAAUGUCGACGAUAUUCCCUCAAAAUAUUCCUUCAUAUCCAGAAGUAAGCAGAGAAGAAAAUCAAACUGAAAUAAAUUUGAUGAAUACAGAAGAAGAAUUACCAAAAGAACACAACAUCGAUGAGUUAGGGCCUGAGAAAUUAUUAAAACCAGAAAUCGUUAAUGGCAGUGUGGUGCCCAAGGCGAAUGAAAAUAUUUCAGCAGCACUUAUUUUCCCAGAGGCGAUAAAUAAUGAAGAAAAAACAUUUGGUGCCGACUUGUUAACGCAAAUUGACGGAGAAACUUGGACUCAUAAACCAGCAGAGGGAAAUUGGACAACUGCACCUACAGAUGGGGUUAGUUCUACACUUAUAAUCUCAGUUAAAAAAGCAAUUUCACAACAUGCAACCAAUAAAAAAAGCAAAAGUCGAGAAGAGACAAUAAAUAAUAAUCAAAUCACUUCAAACCUUAUUGAAAAGGAGCUUAACGAAACGAAAAGCAUUGAUUUUCCAGAAAUUUAUCAGAACUAUACUGAAGAUUUGAGGAAAUCGAAGUAUUCUAAUGCAGUUGUUACAUCAACACAGUCAAAAGACAAAAUUAUAGCGAAAAUAUCGAAUUGGCCUCAGACCAACAAACUGAAAAUCAAGAAUCAAGAAUCUAUAACAAUAAAUAUCAUCGAAUUACCUCAGACCAAUAGUACAGGCGGAAUGCAAGAUGUUAAAAUAAGUUUGCAAACGGAGCUUGUAGAUGAAAACGUCACUAAAUCAAUUCUAAACUUAUUUGAUAUCGAAAGUAAAGCAUAUGCGAAUGAUAGUAGCCUAAAUGAUACUUUGGUAUCACAUCAACAAAGCAUUACUGAGAAAAAAGAAACAGAAAUUAUUGUAACGGAAGGUAAAUUUUUCUAUGAAUCGAAAUAA